UAUUUUUUUAAUUUGAUAAAUGUUUAUUUAUUUCAGACCUGCCCACUAUGCAGAUGAUGGAUGAUGCCAGCAGUGACUCUGCAGUGUCUUCCAUGGGAAGUUCCCCAUACCAGGAGUGGACCGACAGCUCUAUUGGUUCCACCUCUCCAUUCGACACACUGGAGGGCGCCACUGGUGGCAUGCAUCAAGGAGGUGCCACAGGCUUCACCAAACCAAAGUUUGAGUACUAUGAUAACAGCUGCACCUACAGCAUGGACCCAGGCUAUCAGGAUUCCCUCCAUACCAACUACUCUGGCUCAGACAAUGGGACAAGCUACCCUCAGUUCACUCCUGCCAGCAAGAAACACAUUCAUCAUAACCACACAUAUCCCCUCCAGCCAGGCCAGCAACCCAAAGAACAGAAGAAGCCAGACCGCGACAAGGGCACACGCACCAUGUUCAGCCGUGAUGAGAAGCGGGCCAAGGCAAUGCGCAUUCCAUUCUCCGUGUCUGAUAUUGUUAACUCUGCCGUGGAAGAUUUCAACGAGAUGCUGCAGAAGUAUGCUUUGACUGAAGCACAGCUCCAGCUUGUCCGUGACAUCAGACGCAGAGGCAAAAACAAGGUGGCUGCACAGAAUUGUCGCAAACGCAAGAUGGAGAUCAUUUUCACCUUAGACGAUGAAGUCAAAGCCAUGCAGCAGGAGAGAGACAGAUUGCAGAAGGAGAGACAAGAGAUGGAAAAGGAACACCUGGAAUUCAAGAACAAGUUCAGCCACCUUUAUAUGGAGGUUUUCAGGUCUCUGAGGGAUGAAAACGGCCGGCCGUACAACCCACAAGAAUACUCGCUUCAGCAAACUGCCGAUGGGAACGUCUUCUUGAUCCCGCGGAAUUCCACCAGCAGCGACCACACAGAGAAGGCACAAAAGAAAAGAAAAUCCAAGAAGCAAUGAACUGUAUGAAUGUAUUGACAGAUGAACAGGGAUGCAGAUUGAAAAUUGACCUGUGCUUCACCUUAGAAAAGAAAGGGCAGUAAAACUACCCACUAAUAAGAAUUGACUUCACAUUGAGUACCACUUUGGUGUGGAUGUGACUUCCUACUUGAGGUUCAAUAUUAAGCAAUUGCUACUGUACUGGAUUCACAUUUUCUUGUAAUACAGAUUUUAGAAGAACAAUAUGUUAAUCCAUGAAUAACUGCUAUUUAAAUUACAACCCACUUUUGCUGUGCCCACCAGAAAAAAAGAUACUUCUUAUUGUCUUCAGUGACAGGUUAUUCAAUUGUUGUAAAUGUUUAUGUAUUGAUUCUGCUGUGCAGAUUUAUUGCUACUUUAAAGAAACAAAAAUGCAAUUUUGCUUCUGUAGGUCCUAAUUAAAAUAACACAGCUGUUGCUAUUUCUUUUGAAAUCAUGACAGGCUUUUUGUUCAAAUGGAGGUCAUCCCUUAAAAAUGACAGUCUGUUAUCUCUGAAAACUGAAGAAAAAAAUAUGACCAACUAGUUAGAAGCAAAAUGGACUAACAACAUCAUUAAUUGGUUUUUGAAACCAAGUAUUUUUGGCUGCUGACUUGGUCAGAUUAGUUGUGUACAGUUAAAGCAUCCAUGACACUGAUAUUUCCUGUAUUUGCUGUCUCUUUUAUCCAAUACAUAGACUGCAGUUAUCACUUAUGCUUUUGCAAAGUGUCACAUAAUUUGAAAACAAAAUAUGUAAUAAAGAGGUACAGGCCAUGUGCCUUAUAUUCAAGUUAUUGUCAAGUAGUAACAUGCUAUACUAUAUUGUAUUACAACCUGUCCAUUUUGUUUAGGCUUUAAUAUAGGGGGUUUGUUCUUUAAUAACCUCUUUUGAUUUUUGUUAUAUUGCAGAUAUGUAUUCCAAGAAUAAGGGUUAGUUAUUAUUAUUGUAGAGAUUUCAUAUAAUGGGAUCUAUAUAAGUGAGUACAUUUGUAUCUGUUGUUGUAUUUACAUUUUAUUUGUUUUCUCUUUUUCAUUUCAUGAUAAAUGUACUGAUAUAUUAGAUAUUUGGCUAUAUUGCUGUAUUCAGAAACUGAUAGCUUUGAAUGGAUGCCUUUUACUGAUAUGGUACUAAGUGUUUCAUUUAUUAAUAAGUUGCAUUCAGAGACUUAAACUGAUGUAAUAUUGCUUCUAUAAGUAUAAAUCACGAAUCUAUUGUUUGAUAUCGUUUGGAAUGAUUAUUCUCUUUUCAGUUUUGCCUAGUGUUUUCUAUGGUCAGUUCAGAAGUUAUUCAUGUGGCCAGCAAGUUACUGCUGGUUUGUAUGUGCAUGGAUCUUUUCAGGCAGUAGUUAAGAAUAGGUAAAAAUUAGAAUUGUUCGCUUGUUUUACAUUUGUUUGAAAGGGAAGUAUUCCUCUUAUCUUUUUUGUGGCACUACUAGGUUCUUAUUUGAAUCUAAUGUGAAGGAGUUAUGAAAAAAAUGACACUGGCUUAACUUUCCUAUAACAUUGAGGAACUUUGCAAAGAAGUUGAAAUUGAGAAAGAGUAUCGUCAUGAAUUGUUCUUUACAACAUUUUCAAAGUGUAAAUAAGGUGUUAUUUGUAUUGCUGAUAAAAUAUUUUCAAUAAAAAAUUAUUAAAACUA